AUGCGAUUUUCCGGAGGGGCAAACCUAUGGUCCUACAUCCUGGCGCUGAUGUGUACAUCAAUCUAUACUGUCGCGGCAGACUGUGAUUUGCCCUCGGCCUACAGUUGGACAUCGACAGAUGCCCUGGCACAGCCUAAGUCGGGAUGGGCCUCGCUCAAGGACUUCACCAAUGUAGUCCUGAACGAUCAGCAUCUAGUAUAUGCCUCAUUUGCCGACGAGUCCGGCAACUAUGGCUCUAUGAACUUCGGUCUCUUCUCCGACUGGACAGAUAUGAAAUCAGCAAGCCAGAACGACAUGAGCUUCUCGGCUGUGGCACCCACGCUGUUCUACUUCGAGCCGAAGAGUAUUUGGGUUCUCGCAUACCAGUGGGGCGCGACCGCGUUCUCUUAUAGAACUUCAACAGAUCCUUCCAGCGGAACUGGAUGGUCAUCUGAGGCAGAGCUGUUCUCUGGUACAAUCUCGGACUCUGAUACUGGACCAAUCGACCAAACUCUUAUUGGUGAUUCUGAGAAUAUGUAUCUGUUCUUUGCCGGGGACAAUGGCAAGAUCUAUAGGUCCAGUAUGGCUAUCGAUAACUUCCCAGGCUCUUUUGGUACAUCAUCGGAGAUUAUUCUGAGCGGAACCACCAAUGAGUUAUUCGAAGCUGUACAAGUCUAUACUGUGAGCGGACAGAACAAAUACCUUAUGCUUGUCGAGGCUAUUGGGUCCAAUGGACGAUAUUUCCGUUCCUUCACAGCCGACAGCCUAGGCGGGUCAUGGACAGUGCAAGCAGGAACCGAAAGCCAGCCCUUUGCUGGAAAAGCCAAUAGUGGAGCUACUUGGACAAAUGAUAUUAGCCAUGGAGAUCUGGUUCGCAAUAACCCCGACCAAACGAUGACCAUUGACCCCUGCAAUCUGGAAUUACUUUACCAAGGACGGGACCCGAAUGGUGGCGCGGAUUACAAUACUUUGCCAUACCGACCUGGUGUUCUGACUCUGAAUCAAUAA